GACAGUACCUCCUUAAAAACGGGCGAACCGUCGUUACGGUUACGUUUUGUUCACUCUCUUCAAUUCGGUUCUUUGAAUCGUUACUUAUUUCUCUGUAUUGCUACUGUCUCUGAGUAGUGUGUAAUUGUGGUCUUUUUAGUAUUGACGGUAUUUUUUUUUUUGCCGUCCGUCCGGCCGAACUAUUUUAACGUAACCGAAUUAAACAUUCCAUCACAACAAUCUAUUCGCGCUGUUGUAUAAGGUAAGACUUUUUCGAUUCUGAGUGUUGUGCCGGCGUCAAAAUACACUACGACCAUGUGCUUUUGCCUACUAUUUGGUUGUCUAUUUAAUGGUUCUAUUAUUUGAUUAACCCGUUCUCAGCUAUUGUGAAAUCGAUCUUACUUUCAAUUAUUAAUUUAUUAAAUUGCGUCGCAAUUAAUUUCACCGACUAAACGACACGCAAUAGGUUCGCAUGGUGAUAAGAGGUUAGGUAGGCGCAUGGCUUGUCAAUUUGCGCCUCGACAGUUAUGAGUGCGAAUUGCCAAACUUGCCUCGUCGCUUUGACGAAAGAUUCAAUUUAAAAACCAGUUCGUUUUUUUGAAACUUUCUAUUCUGUAUGAUUAUUUUAAAAUUGAAAAUUAAAGUUUAUGAUUUUUGAAUAUAUUUUUUCAGAUAUUUUUCAUACAUGAGCAUUUUGUUGUUUGAUAUUUUAGAUUCAUUUUGCAUUUUAAUAAUUAUUUUUAUUUUCAAAUAAGUUGAUUGUUAGUUAUUAUAAUUGCAUAUAAAAUCCUGUAAUGAUAUUAUAUCGUCAAUUGAGUGACUAAAUUAUUUAGCAAAGUUUGUAACUGAGAAUGGAUAGAAAUGUGUGAUUUUUUACAUGGUACUUUGUAACCUUGUUAAAAAAAACAUUAGUUUAUUCAUUUAAAUUGAUAGAUAUAAUGUUGUGUUAACAGAAUGUCUGCAGAAAUGGAUAACGCUGAUUCUUCGUCAUCUUGUUCAGAUAAUAUGGAACAUGAUUCUCCACAUCCAUUUAAGUCUGGAUUAAGAGGAGAUGGAGAAAAUAUAAUUCCAGUAAGAAAUAUUUGGUUUUAAAUGGUUGUAUAAUUAUUAAUCCCGCUUGUUUACUAUAAUACUAAGAAAAUUUUUAAUUAUUUAAAUGUAGAAAAAUGAUCUACUAGUUUUUACUUGGUAGCUUUUUAAUAAUUCAUAUUAGUAUUAUUAACUUCGGGCUGUUCUGACAAUCUCCUGUUAAGUGCCGGUUAUGGUGAUCCGUUUUUACAACCUUCAAUUAACAAUUGUAUAACUAACCGGUAGUUUUACUGACAGUGAUUCCUAAAACAACCGCCCAUGACUAAAUUUUAUUGUUCUACACAUGCUCAAUUCUUAAAUUACUUAUAAUCAAACUGCAGUUAUAUAUUGCUAUUUUCAUAAUUCUAGCAAAAAAGUAGAAACAACAAAAACCUAUAUUUUAUACAGAUGAUAAACUCAUAAAACUCAAAAUUAGUAGUAACACUAAUCAUAAGAAUUAUUAAUAAGUGCUUAUUCUUAUUGAUAAUCUGACAGAUUUUAGCUUAACCAUUCUGUGGUUAUAAAUCCGACUGUAAAAUCUGUAAACUGAGACUCCUUAACUGACAUGUGACAACCAACUGUCAGUUAAAUUUCAGUAUAACUGUUGUUAAGCACUAACCAACACUUAACUGGACAUUGUAAGAACAAGCCUUAAUAUCUUCUUUAUAAUAACUAUGCUCUGUUCCUAAUAAGAGAGAGCAUGUCUUUGGUGCAUACAAUAUUCAAAUGAGUUGCAAAACAAUGUUUAGACCCCUUUGCAAUGUUUAAUCAUUUUAUGAUUGAUCAGCUAAAAUUAUAAUAUCUAACAAUGUACGUUUAAGUAUCCUUUUAAGAUUAUAGCAAUUAAUAUAAAUUUAGAUUUUUUAAAUAUUUUUUGUUUGGGGGGGGGGGGAAUUGAUCCCAAACACCACUUUUACUUAUAAUUGACCUAUACUCGAAACUUAAAGACUAUAUCACAGAAUGUAUAGUAGCAAAAACUAUUAAAAGUGGUUAUUGGUGAUGUAUACAUUACCAGUAUUCAUCCACCCGCCAUGUGUGCUCUUAUUUAGAAUCUAAUCUAAGUAUAUAAUUUAUUUUUUUUUGUUAUUUUGAGAAUUUUUUUUAAGAUUAUGGAUAAUUUAGUACAUUUUUUAAAUUGCGAGAAAAAUAGAUUAAUUUAAAUAAAUGGAUACCUGUGAAUAAUAUUUAAUAAAAAAAUAUGUGCACUACUAAUAUUAAAUUGAUGUGCUUACUUUUUAAGAAUACAUUGGAUAACAUGUUGGCCGUCUUAUGUGUAUCUUUUAUUGGUACAUCUAUUUUAAAUAAUAUUGAGUACAACGUUUUUCUUAGUUUUACAAGAAUAUUUACAUAAUAUUUCUGUAUUUUGCAAAUAAAAGUGUAGACAUAAUUUCUAUUAUGUCCAUAUAAAUUAUAAAAUUUUAAGUUACCUUUAAAAAAAAAAAUAAAAAAUUAUUAGCUCUUAACCUCAUAAUUUAUGUUUAAUCAAAUACAUACUAUAGAUGAAUAGAGGAAGUUUGUUGCGUAUUUUUCAUAGACCCUGUUUUCUAUUUCGUACUAUUUCUUUAACAGUAUAUUAUAGUUGGGGUUUUUAGAUUCCAAGUGUAGCAGGGAACUAUUAUUCGUUUUACAAUGCUGUUUAUUGUUUUUUCUUUGUUCUAGUCUGGAUAUUAAAGUGAGCAGAAAGUUUAAACAGUAGUGAUAAAACUAAAAGCAUGUCAAAAUUGUUUUUAUUUUACACGCUAAAAAAUUUGCUUGUAAAACUAGACACGAGACAAAAACAAUUAUAAAAGGUAUAAAAUUGUGAAUUUCUCGCUAAGUUUGAACUUGUCUUUAUCAUCUACCUAUAGACAAUUUAAACAUUGUAUUUCUUGUAGUAAGGCUUAAAGAGCAUAUAGCAACUAAUUGACAUUUUUUUUUUUUUUUUUAGCUCUGUCACCAGCAAUAUUCUAUAGUGCUUAUCAUAUUUCUAUCUAAUUAUUAUUCUUAAGUUUAUUAAGUACUUAUAAUUAUGCCAGUAUGGGUCAAAGUUAACCAUAACAAAAUAGAUAGGUAUGUCAGCAACAUCUAUACCAUCUAGUUCUCUUUUUAUUGGUUGAAUAUAUUCAUUUUUUCAUAAAACUGUACUGGGCGUGGUGCACUAGAUAAGAUAAAAAAAAUGUACUAAUCAUUCUUAUGUACUCCAUCAUGUUUAUAUUAACGGAUAUAAUUGAACUGUACCCAAAUAACUAGUUUUAUAAAGUUAUAAAUAUUUUAGUAGUAUUCUUAAUUUAGUAAUAGUUAUUAAUAAUUAUUUUAUACAAAUAUAGUACUUUAAACUUAUUUGAAGAAAUUAAAAUGUCAAUCAUUAUAAAAUAAUCUUAAUCACAUUUACUAAUGUAAUUUACUUAUUUCUGUACUUUUUAAUCUAUUUAUUUUAACAUUUGAAUCUAUAUUUUUAGAAUCUUCCACCUAUAGUAAAAAAACGUGUAAAAGCAUUGAAGAAACUACUUGUUUCACAGACCGAUAUUGAUACCAAAUUUUAUACUGAGCUUCAUGCACUUGAGUGCAAAUAUCAUAAAGAAUAUGUGGAGUUUUAUAAUAAGGUAUUUAUUUUACAUUUUUUAGUUUUAUUAUUUUAAUUUUAAAUGUUUAAUUGUUUAGCGAAGUGAAAUUGUUCAAGGAAACUAUGAACCUACUGAAGAAGAAUGUGAUUAUCCUUCAGAUGAAGAUGAUGAACUUAAGGACCUCUCUGCUGAUAUGGACGACAAAGUAAAAGUUGAAGGCUUUAAACCGUAAGUGCAUUUAUAACAUAAGUAUAUCAAUGAGAUAUCUAUUUUUUUUUUUAUCUGUUGACUUUCUUUUUUGUGCUGUUAAUCUAAAAUUAUAUAUUAUUAUUUUUAAGUUUUUUCAAUUUAAAUUGAUAAUUUGUGAUUGUACCUAGUUUUAUAUUUAACCUAUAGUAUUUGUAGCUAUCAUUUUAAAAUUUUGGGUUAAAAUGUUUUUUUAUGAGGGGAAAGAAGUAUAAUAGACUAAAUAAAAUAAAAUUUCUCUAUAUUUUCUUCAGAUUUCAUUUUUGAAAAAGAAGAAACAAGAAAAUGGUUAGGGAUAAAACUAAUAUUUUAUUCUAUAGUUCUAUUCUAAUGACUUACUAAUUUUACAUUUUUUUAUAAAUAGAGCUGCUAUAAUAGAUGCUAGCGAAAUAAAAGGCAUUCCAGACUUCUGGUUAACCAUUUUGAAGAACACAAGUUUAAUUAGUGACAUGAUACAACCUCACGAUGAACCUAUUCUUAGUCAUUUAACAGAUAUCAAAGUUUUUUUGUUGGAAGAGCCAAUGGUAAUAUUUUAUUAAAUUAAUUAAUUUGAUUUGUUUUCAUAUUAUUAAUUAUUCAAUUUUUUUAUUUUUAGGGUUUUGCUUUGGAAUUUCAUUUUUCUCCUAAUGAAUGGUUCACCAACUCUGUAUUAACAAAGGAGUAUGAAAUGAAGUGUGUUCCUGAUAAAAAUAAUCCUUUGAGUUUUGAAGGACCUGAAAUUUUUAAGUGCAAAGUAUGUUGGUUUUUUAUGAUUUUUAAAUGAAAGUUUAUUGAUAUAAUACAAUAUAAUUUAUUAUUUAGGGCUGUACAAUUCAGUGGAAUAAAAAUAAGAAUGUCACAGUAAAGUUGGUUAAAAAGAAGCAAAAACAUAAGGUUAAGGGAGCUGUACGAUUUGUUAACAAGACUGUUCAAAAUGUGUCAUUCUUUCAUUUCUUCAGCCCACCUGUUGGUAAGAAUACAUGUAUUUAUAUUAUUUUUCUAAAAAACAAUUAAAUCAUUUUUAAAUUCUAUAUAGUGGUGUUGUAUCAUUACAUUUCCAUUUAAUGAAUACCGAGUUUAAUAUUAAUUAUAUCAAUGUGGUUUUUGAUGUAUUUUGAAUAAUUAUGAAAAGCAUUUAAGUAAAUAAUUGACAAAAACAUAAUUUAAGUUUUUGUCUUCACAUAGUGCUAAUAAUAACAGGCUUAUCACAACUACCACUAUAACAAAAAGUGUAAUUGUGGCUUUAAAUGGAGCCUAUAAUAUAUUUUUUAAAUUAUAAUUUUAUCUUAAAUUUUUGGUUUAUUUUAUCAAUCAAUAUUCAUAUAGUAAAGCUCAUUCAAUUAUGCCCUUUAAGGGACUCUUUAGUGUGUCUUCAGAGGGAAAGGCAAGAUUUGAAAAAAAAACUAAUUUGAAAUAUCAAGUUUAUUUUUGCCAUUAUAUUUAAUUACAAAAGAAAUACAUUUAUACAUACAUAUUGUUAUCAUUUUUCAAUUAUAUUGUCAUAUGCAAAAAAAAAUCUAUAUAUUAAAAAAUAUUAUUUAUUUUUGUUUGCUAAAAAUUGACAAUGCCUUUCAGCAUGGAAGUUUUCUUUUGAUUGUGUGUACAUUUGCCUAUAAACUGCACUACAUUAUGCCUAGUUAGUUCAUUGGAUUAAUGAUCAAAUUUGAAUCUUUGAUUACAUCUCUGUGUUGUAUGGAAGACAAUUAAGUUAUGGUUAGUUAAUCAUGACUAAUGAUGUGGUUGUUUUCAUAUGAUUUCAUUUUAUUGUAUUACAGUCUGCUCAUUCAUGUGAUUACAUUCUGUCUUAUCACCAAUUGUAUUAUCAUUUUACCGAAAUAAUUAUUAUUGUCUGUUUUUGUGUUUGGUUUUUUAUUAUUUUAGAUAUUUAAAUUUAAAUUUUCUUUGAUCUAAAUUGACAAAGCCUACUGACUUAUUAUUUUUACGGCAUUUUGAGUUUAUAUCACAGAAAAACUUAGAACCAAAAAUACCACAGUACAUGAAUUAAUACAGUCGUGGAUCAUAAUGUAACAAAUGUAUUUUUUUGGAAUUGAAUUCUAUCAACAAAUUCAUCAUCUUUCCACUAUGUUCAGUUUGAGGUCAGAAUAUUUUUUGUCACAUUGGAAAAGCAACUAAAACUGCUAAGUUUUUAAUUUCUCAUCCUCAAAAUCUGAAUGUAAAGUCAAAGUUACAGUACAUAUUUAAUAUUUUUUUAAAUUAACAAGAAUUUGAUUUUUGAAAAAAAUAAAUAAUUAAGUAAAUUGAUCUCUGAUGGUUGAUCAAUUUAAAAGACAUUUAAUCGAAGAUUAAAAAGUUAACUGGUGCAGUACUACAGGACAAUAGUCUUAAUCAUUGAUCACAGUAUAACCGAGCACUGUGCAACUAUCCCCAAACCUCAUAAUGUGAUUAAAAGAGUAUAAAUUAUGUUUAUAAUAUUACACAAUUACUAAAAUUUAUUGUCGUCAGCUGAACAAAAGAGUGUCUUAUCAAGUGAUUUUUUAUAUUGACUAGUUUAGAAUAUUUUAUUAAUAGACCGACAGAAAACAGUGACUUAGGAGUUUUACUCUAUAUAAUGUGGUAUAAUAAAGCAACAAAAUAAUAUUAUCUUUUAAUGUUUUGUGUUAACACAGUGCUAAUAUUAACUGGUUUAUUACAACUACCUCUUUUAAAUAAUUUUAUAAUUUUAUUGAUAUACUAUUCUUUGUUAAUCGAUUUACUUAUUGCAAUAAUAAAUAUAUUAUGUUUUAUUUUGUAAAAAUACUACACAAUUAUAAGUAUAUAAUAGAAAAACAAACAUACUUAACAAUAGUUUAAAUCUAGAUACUAGAUCUAUUAAGGAAUUUGAUAUUGUUUUAGUUAAAUUUUUAAAUUAAAAAACUAUUAUUAUCAAACUUAUUAUAUUAUAGUAAAAUUAAAAUCAGGUACUAUAUACUUAAAAUUAAAUUAUUGAAAUUAUAAUAAUUAUUUACUUUUUGAUAUUUUCAUGUUUUAGUUUAGUAAGUGGUAUAAAUAUUUAAAACGAAACAGUUUAUUUAUAAGCAAAAACAAAGUGAAUGUUUGUGAUAUAAAUACGUUAACCUCACUGUGUUCAUUAUUAUUAUUUAUUAUUAAUUGUACAAUUAAAAUUUUAGUGCCAGAUGACCCAGAAACUGAAGUUGAUGAAGAAAUUGAUAAUUUGUUAACUACAGAUUUUGAAAUUGGCCAUUACAUCCGUGAAAGGAUAAUUCCUAGAGCUGCACUUUACUAUACAGGUUAAACAAGACUUUUUUUCAUGAACCAUCAUGAUAAUUUUUAUAUAUUAUUUGUUUUAUUAGGUGAAGCAUUAUUAGAUGAAAAUGAUUUUGAUGAAGAUGAUGAAGAAGAAGAGUCUGAAAAUGAUGAUGAAGAUGAUGAUGAUGAUGAUGAUGAUGAUGCUGCUAACGAUCCUGAGUACAACCCUCGUCAGGAAAAACUAUUGAGUAAACAAACCGCUAACCCAGCAGAGUGUAAACAGCAGUAAACACUUAUGAAAAAUAUGUUAUAUAUACAUGUUUUAUAAAUUAAAAAAAAAAUAAAUACAAAAAACAUUAUUUCACUCAAAAUAAUUAAGUUAACACAUUUUUAAGACCAGCCUUCAGUGAUUGAUUUUAUAUAUUUCUCUUAUGUUAUACACGAAUAAAAUUAUUUUUAUAUCAAUACUUUUGUUUUCUUGAGUUCAAUGGUAUGUGUACUACCCAGAAUCAAGUAACAGAUAAUUCAUUGUAUCAGCAAAUCAAUAUUAUAUCGUAGAUACAAACAGUUCGUUUUCUCAUAAUCUUUUUAAUUAAUGUGCUUUUGGUUUUACAAAUUGUUAAAUUUAAUAUCAUUUAACUGUCUUGUUUUUCUUUAACAAAUUUAUUUUAAUGUAGUUUCCACUAAAUAUAGGAACAAAUUGAUUCAUAACCCACCAGCUACAUCAAAAUAAAUUGUUAAAUUCAAAUAAAAAUUUGUUCAUUUAACGUGAUUUAUAAUAUUAUUUUGUGCUUUCAUAAUAGUGGUAUAACAAGUAAACAAUGACUGAUUUCUGAUUGCAUGAUUUCAAUAUUCAAAUUUAAAAAAAUUUAAAUUCAAUUUACACCUUUUUUAAAAUAGUAUAUAUUAACACUGUUGAUUAAAAGUAAUAAAUUGAAAAUAGGGAGUUUAAAGAAAUUUAUUUAUUCCCUUUAUCUAACCUAGUAUUUAUAAAUGUGCUCUGAAAUAAAAAAUUAAAUGUUUGCUAUCAUUGACUAUUAAUUUUAUUUUAUCUUACAU